GUGCAGUGCGCGUUGUUGUCCCGUGUUCCUCUAGAUGGUUGAUCACGUGGGAGACAUUGCGCCGACUUUUCGCGAUUCCGUGGCGGAGAAGGGCCGAGGGAAAGGGAAUAAAUGUGUGCGAGUCCGUAAUGGACAACCCUAGCGGCGGAAGAGAUAGUCGGUACGCAAGUCUUGGGUACAGCAUGGGGAUGAUAGGCAGCGACGCUGGCUCCGAAAUGUACGGCCGACCGUCCACCUCCCAGCUUACAACUUCUCAAAUAAGCCGCGGUGGCGCCACCAUGAUGGCCGUGGCGGCUGCUGCAGGCGGACCGAACGCCGGCGUGGGACCUGUACAGAGGGGUAUCAAGAGGACCACUUCGGACGUCUGUUACGAUGACAGUAAUGCACGGCAGGCGCUUUCCCAACAGCAGGGGAUGGGGAUGUCCGGGGAGUGUGUGCCCGACAAUUUGGAGGAAUCCUUUACCAGUUUGGGUCAACCGAAAAAGUCACCCCCAUCGAAUGGCAAGAAGACCAAGGGACGGGUCAAGAUUAAAAUGGAGUACAUCGACAAUAAGCUCCGGAGGUAUACCACCUUCUCCAAAAGGAAAACCGGAAUCAUGAAGAAGGCGUACGAGCUGUCCACGUUGACGGGGACGCAGGUGAUGUUGCUGGUGGCCAGCGAGACCGGUCACGUGUACACGUUCGCGACGCGCAAGCUCCAACCGAUGAUCACCAGCGAGGCCGGCAAAGCGUUGAUCCAGACCUGUCUGAACAGCCCGGACCCGCCGGCGUCCGGUUCGUCCGGCGAUCAGAGGAUGUCCGCGACCGGGUUCGAGGAGACCGAACUGACCUACAACAUAGCCGACGACGAGCAGAAAGAAGACGGUACUUCACCCAGGUCGGACGUUUGUGCCAAUGAAAGCGACGGAGACACCAGCGAUGGCGACUCUCCCGUUUCGAAGGAUCUCCCAAAAAAUCAUUCGGGCAUAAUGUACCAGAUGCCGCAGACAGUCAUUUAUUCGCCGAGUCCAGGAGUGCUGCUUGGUAUCGGGCAAAAUGGGCAACCUGUGCAAAUUUCGCAAGAAGGAGGCACGGUGACCCCGGUGAACUCGACGCCGAAUAAUCAGCCGUUCAUCACGAUACCGUUGAACGUAGCGAUGAGUGCAGCGGGCCUCUCGCUGCCUGUAACCUCGAGGAUGAAUCUGUCCCCGUCCCCGCGGUCACCGACGACAACGACGACGACGACGACGACCGCGACGGCGACGACACCGUCUACCUGUGACCUACCAUCGGACCUGAGCAAGGAUCGCGAGUGACACACCGUCUCGAUCAUCGUCCUCGGCUAAAAAACCACGGCCCUGACGGAGGGAGGGGGGGAGGGCUGUCUGUCGCU